AUGCCGCGCAAGGCGAUUGACUCUCGCAUUCCCGCGCUCAUUCGAAAUAGCGUUCAGGAGAAGAAGCGCGGUUUCUUCGUGGUUGUGGGAGACCGCGUCAAGGAUGUGAUUGUUAACCUCCACUACCUCAUGUCAAGUGUUGAUGUGAAGCAGAAUAAGUCUGUGCUAUGGGCUUACAAGAAGGAUCUGAUUGGCUUCACUAGCCAUCGCAAGAAGCGCGAGGCCAAGAUCAAGAAGGAGGUCAAGCACGGAAUCCGUGAGCCGAACCAGGAGGACCCAUUCGAGCUGUUCAUCACUCUCAACCAGAUCAGAUAUGUUUACUAUAAGGAAACCGAGAAGAUUUUGGGUAACACCUACGGCAUGUGUAUCCUUCAGGAUUUCGAGGCCAUGACCCCCAACCUGUUGGCGCGUACGGUUGAAACAGUGGAAGGUGGAGGUAUGGUUAUAUUACUCCUUAAAAGCAUGAGCAGUCUGAAGCAGCUUUAUACCAUGUCCAUGGACAUUCACUCGCGUUAUCGUACAGAGGCGCACGAUGAUGUUGUUGCUCGCUUCAACGAGCGUUUCAUUCUGUCUUUGGGAAGCUGUGACUCCUGCUUGGUUAUCGACGAUGAAAUGAACGUUCUGCCAAUCUCUGGCGGCAAGAACGUCAAGCCACUUCCUCCUCCCGAAAACGCCGAUGAUUCUAAAUCAGGCACAAAGAAGGAACUGAAGGAGAUCAAGGAAAAAUUGGCCGACACGCAGCCUAUCGGACCGCUAGUUAACCUUGCAAAGACUGUGGAUCAGGCUAAGGCCCUUUUGACCUUUGCUGAUGCCAUCGCUGAGAAGACACUGAAGAGUACCGUUACUUUGACAGCAGGACGCGGACGAGGAAAGUCCGCGGCUCUUGGUGUUGCAAUUGCUGCUGCUAUUGCGCACGGUUACAGCAAUGUCUUCAUUACUUCACCAAGCCCCGAGAACUUGAAAACUCUGUUUGAGUUCGUGUUCAAGGGUUUCGACGCACUUGGCUAUCUUGACCACGUUGAUUACACCAUUCUCCAGUCGACUAACCCCGAUUUCAACAAGGCUAUCGUGAGAGUCAACAUUCAUCGCAACCACCGUCAGACUAUUCAAUAUAUUCAGCCCCAGGACGCACACGUUCUUGGCCAAGCUGAGCUGCUGGUUAUCGAUGAGGCCGCUGCCAUCCCCUUGCCCCUAGUGCGCAAACUGAUGGGUCCUUACCUGGUCUUCAUGGCCUCCACUAUCAACGGUUACGAAGGAACCGGUCGCUCUCUUUCUCUUAAGCUGAUUCAGCAGCUUCGAGAACAGUCUCGAGGUGGCGUCAAGCUCGAUGAUACCGAUGUCGCAGACCGUAGCACAGGAAAAUCCGCUAAGAACGCAGACAAGAACCUUCUAGGUGGUCGAUCUUUGCGAGAGAUUACCUUGGCUGAGCCAAUCCGUUACGCUCCAGGUGAUUCUGUUGAGAAGUGGUUGAACAAGGUCCUGUGCCUUGAUGCAACUCUUCCUAAAUCUCGAUUGAACACCCAGGGCUGCCCCCAUCCCUCCAAGUGCCAGCUCCUUCAAGUGAACCGUGAUACUCUGUUCUCCUUCCACCCCGUCUCAGAGAAAUUCUUGCAGCAAAUGAUGGCUCUGUAUGUUGCCAGCCACUACAAGAACACACCCAACGAUCUGCAGCUCAUGAGUGAUGCUCCUGCACACCAGCUUUACGUCCUUGUUCCUCCAAUCGAUGAAGAAGCCACAAAGCUUCCUGAACCCCUCUGUGUCAUUCAAGUUGCUCUUGAAGGUCGCAUCAGCAGACAGAGUGUCCUUAACAGCCUCAGUCGCGGCCAGCGCGCUGGUGGUGAUCUGAUUCCCUGGUUGGUCAGCCAACAAUUCCAGGAUGAGGAUUUCGCCGGUCUCUCGGGUGCUCGAAUUGUUCGUAUCGCUACAAACCCCGAGUACGUCGGAAUGGGCUAUGGCUCACGCGCUAUGGAGCUUCUCGUUGAUUUCUUCGAGGGCAAGUUCACUAGCCUGGACGAGAAUAUGGCUGCCCCUAAAGACGAGAUGGUCCGUGUUACCGAUGAUGAAUUGGCCAACUCCGGCCUGCUCGACGACAAUGUAAAAGUUCGGGAUAUUAGUACCAUGCCCCCUCUUUUCGGCAAGCUGACAGAGCGACGCCCUGAUGCUUUGGACUACGUUGGUGUUAGCUACGGUCUUACACCCACCCUCCACAAAUUCUGGAAGCGUGGCUCUUUCGUCCCGGUUUACCUGCGUCAGACUCCUAAUGAGCUUACUGGCGAGCACUCAUGCGUCAUGCUUCGCACCUUGACAACCGGUAGCAACGACGCCAGCUGGCUGGGAUCCUUCUCCAAGGAUUUCCACCGUCGUUUCAUUGCUCUCCUCUCCUACCAGUUCCGCGAUUUCCCAUCUGUGCUUUCUCUCAGCAUUUGCGAGUCAGCUAACGCUGGCGCCAAACUUGACCCUGCUGCUGUGGCGCGUAUCUUGAAGAAGUCUGAUCUCGAUGCUACCUUCUCUCCUUUCGACUUGAAGCGUCUGGAUAGCUAUGCCAACAACCUGUUGGACUACCACGUCAUUUUGGAUAUGAUUCCUCUCCUCUCCGAGUACUACUUUUCCAACCGUAUGGCUGGCAAGGUUAGUCUCUCCGGUGUGCAGCAGUCUAUUCUCCUAGCCAUUGGUUUGCAGCGCAAGAGCCUGGAUCAGAUCGAGAAAGAAUUGAACCUUCCUCCUUCCCAACUUCUCGCUAUGUUCCUCAAGAUCAUUCGCAAGAUUUCCACCCAUUUCCGUGGUCUGGUUGAAGGUGCUGUGGCUGAUACCAUGCCUGCCCAAGCUUCCGUCGGCCCCGCCGGUGAUGCUCAUGAUGACGAGAUUGUUGAGGAUCGCUUCAAGCCUCUAGAGACUACUCUUGAAGACGAACUUGCAGAAGGUGGAGAACAGUUUAACGAGGAGAUGCGUGAGAAGCAGCGCCAAUUGAUUGAUGCCCUGCCCCUAGACAAAUACGCAAUUGAUAACGGAGUCACAGAAUGGGAUGAUGCUGAGAAGCAGAUUCGAGGCGGUGGUAAUUCCUCAGUCAGUGUGAAGUCCAAGCAGUCGAAGCGCAAGAAGGGAGGUGAAACUGCUCGUGAAAUUUACGAUAAGGAGGUCGAUGCUAAGAGGCAAAAGAUGAUCAAGAAGGGCACCGAGGGCCGCAGCAAAAAAUAA